AUGGAGGAAGGAAUACUUACCAAAACCAAGCUGUUAUCACUUGUACUUUGUGCAUUGCUAACUUGUACCCAUUCAGCAGACACCAUCUCUGCAAAUCAAACCAUUAGAAACGGUGAAACUAUCGUUUCACCUCAACAAACCUUCGAACUCGGUUUCUUUAAACCCGGUAACUCAACAAACCGUUAUUACGUCGGGAUUUGGUACAAGAAAAUAUCCACCGGCACCGUCGUAUGGGUGGCCAACCGGAAUACGCCACUCACCACCACCUCUGGUGAGCUAACUCUCACUCCUCACGGACUUAUGGUCCUCCGAACCGCCGCCGGCAAUAUCGUUUGGUCGUCGGCAAACUCAUCAACGCCGGCGGCGAGAAACCUGGUUGCCCGGCUUCUGGAUACGGGUAACUUGAUCAUCCAUGACCAACAUUCCGUCGAUCAAGAAAAUCCGAUAUGGCAAAGCUUCGACUUUCCGACCGACGGUUUACUUCCAGGGAUGAAAUUGGGCCAGGAUUUGGUUACCGGGAUUGAAAGACACUUCACCUCAUGGAAAUCCGCUGAUGAUCCGUCCGCCGGCGAGUUUUCUGCAUGGCUUGAUACAAGAGGGUACCCUCAGGUGAUCUUAAAAGAAGGCCAGCAAAUAAAAUUCCGGGCAGGUCCAUGGAACGGACUCCGGUUUAGUGGAGAACCCGAUUUGAGACCGAACCCCAUUUACAACUUCCACUUCGUUCUUAAUUCGAAAGAAAUCUAUUACCAAUAUAAUCUUAUCGACACCUCAGUUGUUACAAGGGUAGUUCUACAGCCUAACGGUCGUAUGGAGCGGUUAUUAUGGAUCAAUAGCAGACAAGAAUGGAUAGUUUAUUUGACACCGGAGACCGAUAACUGUGAUCGAUAUGCAAUGUGUCGGUCAUUUGGGAGCUGUAAUAUCGACAACUCCCCGGCUUGUGACUGCUUAGAGGGGUUCGAACCCACGGCUCCAGAACAGUGGACCGUGGCAGAUUGGUCACAAGGGUGUCGGUAUAGGACCCCUUUGGAUUGCGGGCCUGGUGAAGGGUUCAAGAAGUAUACGAAUCUGAAGUUGCCCGACACUCAAUGGUCGAGGUUUAACUUGACCAUGAACCAUGAAGGAUGCGAGAGGGUUUGCAAAAGCAAUUGCUCGUGUACUGCAUACACGAGCGUAAAUAUAUCAGGGCCUGGUAGCGGUUGCUUGCUAUGGUUCGGUGAUUUAAUCGAUAUCAGAACAUUUGCUGAAAACGGGGACGAUCUUUAUAUACGAUUGCCACCUUCAGAAUUAGACUCUACAGAGAACAGUGAAAGCUCGAGCGGAGGAAGACGAGCACGGGUCAUUGUCCCUGUAGCAACUGUCAUUUUGGUCAUACUAGUUUCCAUAUGCUUAUUUUAUCGGUCAAGAAGGAAGACACGAAAGCGAGAAGGUAGGAAGUUUAUACCAAAUAUGUACGACCAUAAUAUACGAGUAUUACUAGUUCUGUCUAAUAAAGGUGUGUAUAUAAUCUCCGGUUGGCCAGGGUCACACGGAGACGAAUUUGGGCAUGAUCGUGAAAACAAUAGUGGCGAAGAAGACCUAGAACUGCCACUGUUUGGCUUGUCUACAUUACUUAAAGCUACAAACAACUUUUCAAUAAACAAUAUACUUGGAGAGGGCGGUUUUGGACCCGUUUACAAGGGUGUGCUUGAAAACGGACAGGAAAUAGCAGUGAAGCGGCUAGCGAAAACAUCCACUCAAGGGCUUCACGAAUUCAAGAAUGAAGUCAUUUCCAUAUCUAAACUGCAGCAUCGGAAUCUCGUCAAGCUCCUUGGCUGCUGCAUCGAAGGAGCAGAAAAAAUGUUGAUCUAUGAAUACAUGCCAAACAAAGGCCUAGAUUCCUUUAUAUUUGAUAAAACUCGAAGCAAACUGCUUGAUUGGCCAGUACGUUUCCAUAUCAUCGAUGGAAUUGCUCGUGGACUUCUUUAUCUCCACCGGGAUUCUCGGCUCAGAAUCAUCCAUAGAGAUCUCAAAGUCAGCAAUAUAUUGCUUGACUCGAACAUGAACCCCAAGAUAUCGGACUUCGGCAUGGCUAGAAGCUUUGGAAGAAAUCAGAUAGAGGCAAACACAAACAGAGUGGUUGGAACAUAUGGCUACAUGGCGCCAGAGUAUGCAGGACAUGGUAUCUUUUCAAUAAAAUCAGAUGUAUAUAGCUUCGGUGUUUUAGUGCUGGAAAUUGUGUGUGGCGAGAAAAACCGAGGGUUCUUCCACAAAGAACAUAGCAACAAUCUUAUCGGACAUGCAUGGGGACUCCAUAAAGAAGGCAGAUCCCUGCAACUGGUUGCAAAGUGUCUAGUUGAAUCAAUCAAUUUGUCUCAGGUUCUAAGAUCAAUCCAUGUGGGUUUGUUGUGUGUUCAACGUCAUCCAGAAGAUAGACCAACUAUGACUUCUGUGAUUCUAAUGUUGGGAAGUGAGGGUCCGUUGCCGUCACCUAAAGAGCCAGGUUUUUUCAUUGGAAAAACCUCCGAAAACACCAGAUAUUCUUCGAGCACAUUUGAAACAAGUUCUACCAAUGAACUUAGUAUCACAACUUUGAAUGGUAGAUAA